AUGCCGGUGGGGACGCCGAUUCGGUGUGAAAAUCACUUUCUUCACCUGGACGAUUACACCAAGGAGGAGGUGCAGGAGCUCAUUGAUAUCGCGUCGAGCGAGAAGAAGCGUCUGCAGAGCGGUGAUCGAAGCUAUCGCCCAUUCGAGGGGAAGACGCUGGCGAUGAUAUUCGCGAAGCAGUCGCUGCGAACGCGGGUGAGCUUCGAGACGGGGUUCUCGUUGCUCGGUGGAAACGCGGUUUAUUUGGGACCGGAUGACAUUUCCAUCGGUAAGCGCGAGGCGACGAAGGACAUCUCGCGCGUGCUGUCGAGGUACAAUGACAUCAUUAUGGCCCGGUUGUUCUCGCAUAACGACAUCGUCGAGUUAGCCGAAUACUCUAGCGUGCCCGUGGUGAACGGGUUGACGGACUACAACCAUCCGUGCCAGAUUUUGGCCGACGCGUUGACUAUUUAUGAGUGCCUCGGGCGACUCGAAAACGUCAAAAUCGUGUACGUCGGUGACGGUAACAACAUCGUGCACUCGUGGCUAAACCUGGCGGCGGUGUUCCCGAUUCAUUUCGUGUGCGUGUGCCCCGAGGAGUACACCCCCGACGAGGCGACGCUCAAGAAGGCGAUCGACGCCGGCAUCUCCACCAUCGAAAUCUCCCACGAUCCGGACGAGGGCGUCAAGGGUGCUGACGUCAUCUACUCCGACGUUUGGGCCUCGAUGGGUCAAAAACACGAGGCCGAGCAGCGUAAAAAGGAUUUCCAAGGCUAUCAAGUCGACGCUGAGAUGAUGGCCGCGACGCCGAACGCCAUCUUCAUGCACUGCCUUCCCGCCGAGCGCGGCUUGGAGUGCACCGACGAAGUUCUCGAGGCCCCGUACUCCGUCGUCUUCCAACAAGCCGAGAACCGCAUGCACGCCCAAAACGCCGUCAUGCUCAAACUCCUCGGCUGCAAGUGA